UCAGGACUUGCCGAUAGUGGUGAUGGCAGCAACAUAUCUGUGGCGUUCGCAGCCCCGAGGCAGCGAGACAAGGGGGAGAUCACUCCCGCUGCAAUCCAGAAGAUGUUGGACGAAAAUAACCAUCUUAUUCAGUGUAUAAUGGACUAUCAGAAUAAAGGAAAGACCUCAGAGUGCUCUCAGUAUCAGCAGAUGUUGCACACAAACUUGGUAUACCUUGCUACAAUAGCAGAUUCUAAUCAAAAUAUGCAGUCACUUUUACCAGCACCACCCACACAGAAUAUGCCUAUGGGUCCUGGAGGGAUGAGUCAGAGCGGCCCUCUCCCACCUCCACGCGCUCACAACAUGCCUUAAGAUGGAAUGGUAGGUGGGGGUCCUCCUGCACCACACAUGCAGAACCAGAUGAACGGCCAGAUGCCUGGGCCUAACCAUGUGCCUAUGCAGGGAUCUGGACCUAAUCAACUCAAUAUGACAAACAGUUCCAUGAAUAUGCCUUCAAGUAGCCAUGGAUCCAUGGGAGGUUACAACCAUUCCAUGCCAUCAUCACAGAGCAUGCCAGUACAGAAUCAGAUGACAAUGAGUCAGGGGCAACCAAUGGGAAACUAUGGCCCCAGGCCAAAUAUGAAUAUGCAGCCAAACCAAGGUCCAGUGAUGCAUCAGCAGCCUCCUUCUCAGCAAUUCAGUAUGCCACAAGGAGGAGGGCAGCAUUACCAAGGACAGCAGCCACCUAUGGGAAUGAUGGGUCAAGUUAACCAAGGCAAUCAUAUGAUGGGUCAGAGACAGAUUCCUCCUUAUAGACCACCUCAGCAGGGGCCACCACAGCAGUACUCAGGCCAGGAAGACUAUUAUGGAGACCAAUACAGUCAUGGUGGACAAGGUCCUCCAGAAGGCAUGAACCAGCAAUAUUAUCCUGAUGGUCAUAAUGAUUACGGUUAUCAGCAACCAUCGUAUCCUGAACAAGGCUACGAUAGGCCUUAUGAGGAUUCCUCACAACAUUAUUACGACGGAGGAAAUUCGCAGUAUGGCCAACAGCAAGAUGCUUACCAAGGGCCACCUCCACAACAAGGCUAUCCACCCCAACAACAGCAGUACCCAGGGCAGCAGGGUUAUCCAGGACAGCAACAGGGCUAUGGUCCUUUACAGGGUGGUCCUGGUCCUCAGUAUCCUAACUAUCCACAGGGACAAGGUCAACAAUAUGGGGGUUACAGACCAACACAGCCUGGACCACCACAGCCCCCCCAGCAGAGACCUUAUGGAUAUGACCAGGGACAGCAUGGAAAUUACCAACAAUGAAACAGUACUUACAUUCCAAUAGCCAGUAUCUGUUAGCAGCCAUAUUGUCACCUCAGCACUGUGGACACCUCCCUGUGAAAAGAUCCUUUCAUUCCAUCUAGUUUUUGGAAAAACCUUGUGGAUAAGUGGCUGUUUCAUCAAUAAGCAGCCUUUGUGGUUUAGUUGUAAAAGGCUUUAGUAGCUCAUUUCACAUUUCUACUCUCGAUG